UGCACGUAAUGGCAGCGCCGUGGCCUCGCGUCCAUCUUUACCGCUCUCUCGGACCUGUCACAAAGGAGUCGCGCCGUCGCCGCCCCCUCCCUCCGGUGGGCCUGGGAGCUGGAGAAAAACUGCCACUGCAUGACCAGUAGUACCCUUUGUAGUUGAUAAUGUUGGAGAUCAGCUCUGCAACUUUCUUUGGUGUUCACUUGUUAAAAACAAAUAGAAUGAAAGUUCUUCAGCUCCAGAUAAUGAAAAUGGUACUUGGAAAACUGAAAACUAUCUAAAUGAUUGUCUUUGGUUGGGCUGUGUUCUUAGCAAGCAGAAGCCUUGGCCGGGGUCUGCUAUUGACUCUCGAGGAACACAUAGCCCGCUUCCUGGGGACGAGAGGCACCACUACCAUGGGCAAUUCUUGUAUCUGCCGAGAUGACAGUGGAGCAGAAGACAGUGUUGACACCCAGCAGCAACAGUCUGAGAACAGUGCAGUACCCACCGCUGACACAAGGAGCCACCCCCGGGACCCUGUUCGGCCACCAAGGAGGGGCCGAGGACCACAUGAGCCGAGGAGAAAGAAACAAAAUGUAGAUGGGCUGGUGCUGGACACACUGGCAGUAAUACGAACUCUUGUAGAUAAUGACCAGGAACCUCCCUACUCAAUGAUUACAUUGCACGAAAUGGCAGAAACAGAUGAAGGAUGGUUAGAUGUUGUCCAGUCUUUAAUUAGAGUUAUUCCAUUGGAAGAUCCCUUGGGACCAGCUGUUAUAACAUUGUUACUAGAUGAAUGUCCAUUGCCCACUAAGGAUGCACUCCAGAAAUUGACUGAAAUUCUUAAUUUAAAUGGAGAAGUAGCUUGCCAGGACUCAGGCCAUCCUGCCAAACACAGGAACACAUCUGCAGUCCUAGGCUGCUUGGCUGAAAAACUAGCAGGUCCUGCAAGUAUAGGUUUGCUUAGUCCAGGGAUACUGGAAUAUUUGCUACAGUGUCUGAAGCUACAGUCCCACCCCACAGUCAUGCUAUUUGCACUUAUCGCACUGGAAAAGUUUGCACAGACAAGUGAAAAUAAAUUGACUAUCUCUGAAUCCAGUAUUAGUAAUCGGCUUAUCACAUUGGAGUCAUGGGCUGAUGAUCCUGAUUAUCUGAAACGUCAAGUUGGCUUCUGUGCCCAGUGGAGCUUAGACAAUCUCUUUUUAAAAGAAGGUAGGCAGCUGACCUAUGAGAAAGUGGACUUGAAUAAUAUAAGGGCUAUGCUGAAUAGCAAUGAUGUCAGCGAGUACCUGAAGAUCUCGCCUCAUGGCUUAGAGGCUCGCUGUGAUGCCUCCUCCUUUGAAAGUGUGCGUUGCACCUUUUGUGUGGAUGCCGGAGUGUGGUACUACGAAGUAACAGUGAUCACCUCUGGCGUCAUGCAGAUAGGCUGGGCCACUCGAGACAGUAAAUUUCUCAAUCAUGAAGGCUAUGGCAUUGGGGACGACGAAUACUCCUGUGCAUAUGAUGGCUGCCGGCAGCUGAUUUGGUACAACGCCAGAAGCAAGCCUCAUCUACAUCCGUGCUGGAAAGAAGGAGACACAGUAGGAUUUCUGUUAGACUUGAAUGAAAAGCAAAUGAUCUUCUUUUUAAAUGGCAACCAGCUGCCUCCUGAGAAGCAAGUGUUUUCCUCUACUGUAUCGGGGUUUUUUGCAGCAGCUAGUUUCAUGUCAUAUCAACAGUGUGAGUUUAAUUUUGGAGGAAAACCAUUCAAAUAUCCACCAUCUAUGAAAUUUAGCACUUUUAAUGACUACGCCUUCCUGACAGCUGAAGAAAAAAUAAUAUUGCCAAGGCACAGGCGUCUUGCUUUGUUGAAGCAAGUCAGUAUCCGAGAAAACUGCUGCUCCCUGUGUUGUGAUGAGGUAGCAGACACACAACUCAAGCCAUGUGGACACAGUGACCUGUGCAUGGAUUGUGCCUUGCAACUGGAGACCUGCCCAUUGUGUCGUAAAGAAAUAGUGUCUAGAGUCAGACAGAUUUCUCAUAUUUCAUGACAAAUGUGAAAAAGCAUCAUGGACUUAUUUCUACUCAAUUCCAGCCAAUGUUGAAAAGAAAAA